UUUUUGUUUUUGGUAUUAAAGAAAAAAAAUAGUACUAGUUGUUGUUUGGUGAGAGGUGGGCAGAUACAAGUGGAUAACAAAGUUUUUAUUGGAUGAUAAAAGAGAGACAGAUAGAGAGAGAGACAACCGUAUUUUGUUCCAUAAUUUUCUCUCUGUGGGAAAAAAAAAAUAAAAAGUUUUUUUUUUUCGAAAUUUUCUUUCUUUUUCUGGGUUUUCGCCAAAGGAGCAUCCUUUAUGUUGUUCUUUUGAAAGAAGAAGACUCCCUCUCUGUAUUUUGUCUCCCCUGUUCUUGGGGAGUUUCUUUUUUUAUUUGAGGAGGAUAAAGGAGAUUCCUUUAUCUCGAUUUUGGCUUUCUUUCUUAUCAGAUUCCCGAUUUUUAUUAUUUUGGGAGGGAAGAAGAGGAAGAAGAACGAUGAUUAAGUUGUGGAUGAUGACUUCUCUUCAGCUCGCGGAGCUCUUCGUGAGCUCCAUUGUGCAUUUGAUUUAUGGGUUUUAUAUAUUCAGCUCCGCCGUUGCCGGAGAUAUCUCCCAGACGUUGAAUGAUUACUUGUUUAAGUCCAAUGACGUUGGAGAAACAUGUCAAAAUCUCACCAAUGUUGAGGGUUUGCCUCCUAUUGUAUUGGUUCAUGGCAUCUUUGGAUUUGGCAAAGGGAGGUUAGGAGGCUUAUCAUACUUUGGUGGUGCUGAGAAGAAAGAUGAGAGGGUUCUUGUUCCUGAUUUGGGUUCCUUAACUAGCAUCUAUGAUAGGGCAAGGGAAUUGUUCUAUUACUUGAAAGGAGGGAGGGUUGAUUUUGGCGAAGAGCAUAGUGAGGCUUGUGGACAUUCUCGGUUUGGCAGAAGAUACGAACAAGGGCAAUACCCUGAAUGGGAUGAGGAUCAUCCUAUCCAUUUUGUGGGGCAUUCAGCCGGUGCUCAAGUUGUGCGUGUGUUGCAGCAAAUGCUUGCAGAUAAGGCAUUUGAAGGGUUUGAAGACACGAAUGAGAAUUGGGUUCUGAGUGUGACAUCUUUAUCAGGGGCAUUCAAUGGAACUACCAGGACUUACUUAGAUGGCAUGCGGACAGAUGAUGGAAUGAGCAUGAAACCGAUAUGUCUGUUGCAGCUAUGUCGUAUAGGCGUGAUCAUGUAUGAUUGGUUGGAUAUAUCAUGGCUAAAGACUUAUUACAAUUUCGGAUUCGAUCACUUCAACAUUUCUUGGAAGAAAACUGGUGUGAGAGGUCUCGUUGAUUGCCUUAUGGGAAACGCAGGUCCUUUUGCUUCUGGCGAUUGGAUCUUACCUGAUCUCACGAUCCAAGGCUCGACAAGUAUUAACACCAAUCUCCAGACGUUUCCAAACACUUACUACUUCAGCUACGCGACUAAACGCACCCGCAGAAUCAUGGGAAUGACAAUUCCUUCAGGUGUUCUUGGAAUCCACCCGAUGCUCUUUCUCCGCGUCUUUCAGAUGAGCCAAUGGAGAUUCCCACAAGAUGUAUCUCCUCCUUAUAAAGGCUACAGGGAUGAGGAAUGGCAAGAGAACGAUGGGGCAUUGAACACAAUAUCAAUGACGCAUCCGAGGCUACCCGUUGAGCAUCCAAGCCGUUUCAUAAGAAGCGAUUCAGAGUGUCAAACAUUACAACCAGGCAUCUGGUAUUAUAAGAUAGUGGAAGCAGAUCACAUAAUGUUCAUAGUGAAUAGAGAGAGAGCUGGAGUUCAGUUUGAUCUAAUAUACGACAGUAUCUUCCAACGUUGCAGGAAACAUGUUUUUAGAAAGAUUCCUCAGACUCUCCCUAAUCUAUCUCCUUCUUCUCCUCGUUCACCCAAAAGAAACAACUUUGUACAUUGAUCAUUUUUAAGAAAAAUGUUGUAGGGUUGAUAUAUCUUGAGGGCUUAAAGUUUUUCUAGGCUAUUGAUUUAUUAAUACAGAUCUCAUUCGUUGUUCUUCUUAUUCUCUCUCGAUUUGUUGUACUAUAAAACAAUACAUUUUCAUUAUAAAAAAUUAUAAUAUUUGUUA